UUGAACAAUUAAAUGUGUCCUUGCUGAAAAGUACCAAAUAUUCUAUGUAGUUUUUUUAAUAUACAUUUUUUUAAAUAUAUAGGCAUUUUUCAUAAACAUUUUUUAAAUAAUUUAAUCAUUUUAAUACUACCACAUAAAGAAAAGGCUGGUUAUCAUUUUUUAUAUUUUGGGGAAAAUGGUCAAUAUUGAAUAUUAAUAUUCACAUAUUAUGUUUUAUUAUUUAAUAAUACCUUAUUAGGGACCACCUGAUCAUAUCUUUGUUUACUUCUAUCCACAGUCUAAAGCACCAGCCCACCCUCUCUUGUUUCAUUUUGGCACAACAUCAAUAAGCUUUUUAAACCGCUGGAAUUUAAUCAUGAAUGGUUUUCAUUUAACCAAGCUUUACUUGAUAUGGAAGUUCACACUCCUGGUUGAGGGACUUAAUGUUUUCACCAUGACCUUCACAAGAAUUUUCUCCUGAAAGACCGCUUUAGCCUGACAUGGACUUAGUGUGCUGUGAAAUAUUCAUUAAUUGAGACACUGGGACAGUUCCCAGUUGUUACAAUGAGCAGUUGUUCAAAGAGGAUUGAGUAUCAUUCCUUGAGUGGUUUUUUAAUCUGUCGCACUGAAUAAGCACCUUGUCGCACACUACGUACCCCUACAAACUUCCACAGCACUUAAUCAGUAAAUGCCAGUUGUGAGAUGCCACAGUAAACAUGGAUCAUAUUCCUGUUUGCUGCCAGGAGUAAACCUGGAAAUGUUCCACAGUACAGCUGAUGUAGGAGAGACCUCUGUGAAACCAGGACAGUGUCAUGCUAAUGCACCCAAUUGCCCUUUCACAUACUAAGCACUCUCUGUGCUUAUACAUUGUAAAAUAAGUACAAUUUAUGGAUGAUUUACAGUUUUGGCAGCAUAAGCCGUGUUCAGGAGGUGUUUCAAUUCUUAAAAGUAUAUAAUUGUUUUAAACGUGUCUGCCAAAUGAUUUUUUGUGCAUUGACACUGAUAAGUCUCUAUUCUCUUUGGGCUGAUCUUCUCAAUGGACUGUGAGCUCCAUUCCCAUUCAGACCAUUUGGGGUGAAACUGUUUGUUUAGAUUAUAUUUAUAGCACCGAAUCAAGGUUAUUACGCCUCAGGGCCUAAUAAUGACGUGUGCAUUGCGCCGUUCAUACUGUAUGUUGGUUAUUCUCCUUUCGGUAGUUUCUUUCUUCACCACUACUGACUAAACUAAACUACAGAGUUAAAGCAUACAUUGUAUUGAUAGGUCACAUAUUACGUCUAAAUGGCUGAAAAGCAGGAGAAUUUAAAACAAUGUCCUUUUCAGGUGGUUUGGAUGUAAGGCCCGCCUCUUGUGAUGUCAGCAGAGAAGCAUUGGGGUUUUCGGGGACAUUAUUUAAAGGACUAGCUCUUUCCUCAAUAUUCAGACACCUCUGGAAUAUCAUCCAUAACGGAAUUACUUAAUUUUUUUCUAGAAAGCUUUUAAGGCUGAAGAAACGGCAUCCUACACAAUAUCUAUAUCUUCAUUAACCAUGUCGAUGUGGUUUGCUGUACUUCAUGUAUUAGGUAUUCUGUCUUUGAGCUGUUGCACUUUUGGAUCUGAAUUAAAUGUUCCAACACCAAUUAGCUGUGGAACUCGUGCGGUGGAUCUACCGGACACCCGUCAGCUGGUGCUCUGCCCAGCAAACUGCACUCUGUGGACUCUGUCAGUGUUUGGUUCAGGAGUAUAUGCUUCUAUUUCCAGCAUAUGUGGAGCAGCAAUACACAGAGGAAUCAUAAAUCUAUCUGGUGGACCUGUGGAGGUUCACGGACUGCAAGGGAGGACAAAUUACCUCAGCUCUUACGCUCAUGGUGUCCAGUCUCAGUCGCUGUCACAAUGGAGUUCAUCUUUCACUGUGGCCAGAACAAUUAGUUUGCCGUUAGAAGUGUCCAGCCAAACCAGCAGUUCUGCCACAGUUACAGCCAAGAAACCAAUCAAGAAACCUGUAAAGAAGGCUCCUCCAGCAAUUCCAAACAGAGAUUGCCCAGUCGAUAUGGCUUUGCUGCUGGAUGGCAGCUAUAACAUUGGACAGCGGCGGUUCAACUUGCAGAAGAACUUUGUCAGUAAGCUUGCAGUCAUGCUGAAGGUCGGAACACCAGGUCCUCAUGUAGGAGUGGUGCAAACCAGUGAAUCACCUCGAACUGAAUUCUACUUGACAAACUAUACCACAGCCAAAGAUGUGACUUUUGCCAUCAAAGAGAUACCAUACAUAGGGGGCAAUACAAAUACAGGUAAGGCCAUAUUUCACACUGUGAGGAACUUCUUCAAUCCUGAUUUUGGCGUGCGGAGAGGCUACCCACGGGUAAUUGUUGUGUUUGUUGAUGGGUGGCCUACUGAUAAUGUGGAGGAGGCGGCAGUUUUAGCCAGAGAGUCUGGCAUUAACGUCUUCUUUGUGUCUGUGGCCAAACCUUCUCCUGAGGAGGUUAGCCUGGUGACCGAUCAAGACUUCAUGAGAAAGGCAGUGUGCAAGGACAAUGAGUUCUUCACCUUCACCAUGCCCAGCUGGUUCAGCACCAACAAGUUUGUGAAGCCACUAGCUCAUAAACUUUGCUCCAUCGAUCAGAUGCUCUGCAGCAAGACGUGCUAUAACUCAGUGAACCUGGGCUUCCUGAUCGAUGGCUCCAGCAGUGUAGGUGAUGGGAAUUUUCGGCUUGUGCUGGACCUUCUUGUCUCCAUCGCACGCAGCUUUGACAUCUCCGACAUUGGAUCUCGCAUUGGUGCCAUCCAGUUCACCUACGACCAAAGGAUGGAGUUCAACUUCAAUGACCACAUCACAAAAGAUAACGCUCUGAGGGCCCUGCAGAACAUCCCAUACAUGAGCGGAGGGACGGCUACUGGAGAUGCCAUCAACUUUGCUGUGCGGAGUCUCUUUAAACCCCGCACAGGCUCCAACAGGAAGUUCCUCAUCAUCAUCACUGAUGGACAAUCUUACGAUGAUGUGAGAGUGCCAGCGAUGGCCGCCCAGAGAGAGGGGAUCACUGUGUACGCGGUGGGCGUGGCUUGGGCUCCAAUGGAAGAUCUGAAGGCGAUGGCAUCCGAGCCCAAGGAGAGCCAUGUGUUUUUCACUCGUGAGUUCACUGGCCUUGCACAGUUCCAGCAGCCCAUCGUACGGGGCAUCUGCAGGGACUUCACAGAGUUCAAUUAGACAGUGCAACUGUUUUAGUGCAAGAACAGGAAGUAAGGAAUGGAUGAAAGAAAGGAGAAAAAGUGUGGACGUAAAAACAUCGCUUUUGUCUUAUUGGCUUUUGUUUCUUAUGUAGGAAAAGGGAUUUGAAUGGUUUUGUUAUAAAGGUACUGGUAUGUUUAAUCCAAAGGAUUUUUCAGCUUAUUUGAGAAUGUAUCACACAGUAUUGUAUGUCAACUUCUCUAUAAUGUGGAGAAUGUAAUUAUUUGUGAUUUGUAGUCUUUGUCUUUAUGUUCCUGGUGGAAAAAACAUUCUUUCUCUCCUUCUGGCAAGUCUUUUUUCCUGUGGAGGAGUCACUGUAACAAAAGGCUCUUUCAUAUUAAUUUCUGGACUUGAAGAUUCAAUUCCAGUUAGGAAAGAUACUAGCGCACAAGAUGGUGAGCAAAAGCAGUCAUGAAGAAGAUUGUCAGUGAAACAGCGCCCUCUUAUGCAUUUUGAUGGCAGUACACAAAUACACAGCUUUCAUUCUCACAAUUACAUAAAUCGAUCUGGGUUAUUUAGAAGAUAUGGUCCUUCCCAGGGGUACCAAACAAUAGACAUGAAAUGUAGUACAUUCACAAUGUCACAAUGAAUCACGUAUGUCUGGGUGUGAGACUAGGAGUAGGCUACGGCUGAAAAGUUAGCGUUUUGAUUAUAGGCUAUAUCAUUUCCCCCCUUUUCUUAAAUUAUACUUUCAUGUAUUUAUCGAAGCUAUUUCCUGUGUACCUUUCCAUAUGCAUGAUUUACUGCCUCACGUAAUGAAAAGAAAGGGGAGGAGGGGCAUCAAACUGCUUGUACAUUUGUUUAUAAUUUAUUACUUUCUUCUCAAUAAAGGACAAAGUGUUUGUACAACUUAA